AAUGUUUGAUGAACCGUUGUAGUACCCACCCCUCUCUCUCCUCUCUCUCAUUGAGAAAUGAUAUAGGAAAAAAGGAAAAAGGAAAAACAAAUUGUAUACAGACAUAGAUACAUACAUCUUUGCAAGUUUUCCUUUGGGUACGCUGGUUAACAGUUUUUCAUUGAGAUUUCACCUCACCGGCAACUCCUUGGUAAUCCAGUACAGAAAUUUCAACGUUCUUAAUAACAACACCCACCACCUGUUCGAUGAAAUGUCUGUUCGAACUUUUCCGAUUCUGAUUCUUCAAUUUUGAUGGAUGGAGACCUCACUCUGCUAUGCGUUCUCAUAUCCAAUUUGCACCACCACCCACGUUACCAAAUCUCCUCGUGGGUUAAUAGUAUCCGCCUCACGCUCCGACACCAAAAAACACAAUACACGAAAACCGCAGCCGACCAAGAACCUCCGCCACCGCCGCAGAACAGAGAGCCCCCCAGACUUCCACCCCAUCCUCCACCCCGUCCCAUUCGAUUCCGAUUCAGACACACUUCACUCCGAGUACGAUGUUAGCGACAGCUGCGAUGAAAAUCUAGUGUGGGAAUCAGACGAGAUUGAAACAAUUUCAUCUCUUUUCCAAGGGAGGGUGCCUCAGAAACCAGGCAAACCCAAUAGAGAGAGGCCUCUCCCACUUCCUCUUCCUCACAAGAUUCAACCUUUGAGAUUCCCCACCCCUAAGAAUCUAAUCAAGAAUCACCCCUCUUGUUCCUCAAGGCAGCCCGUAUCGAAUCAGAUUUACAAGAAUCCGACUUUCUUGAUUACCUUAGCCAGAGAAAUCAGGACCCUUAACCCCGAAGAUAACGUGUCUGCCGUUCUCGAUCCAUGGGCUCGGUUUCUACGAAAAGGGUCCCUGUCGCUCACCGUCCGUGAAUUGGGCCAUAUGGGACUUCCCAAUCGGGCACUACACGUUUUCUGUUGGGUUCAGAACCAGCCGCAUUUGUUCCCCGACGAUCGAAUCCUAGCUUCGACGGUGGAGAUACUUGCCAGGGCCCACGAGCUAAAAAUGCCGUUCGAAAUGGAUAAGUUCAUCACGUUAGCUAGCAAGAACGUGUACGAGGCUAUGGUGAAGGGAUUCAUCAAAGGCGGUAACUCGAGGCUCGCUUGGAAGCUUCUCUCGGUUGCGACCGAAGGUAAAAGAAUGUUGGAUAGUGGAGUGUACGCCAAACUGAUUUCACAAUUGGGGAAAGAUCCCGAUAGAAGAAUGCUCGUUUUGCCGUUAUUGGAAGAGCUCGCGGAAAGAGAGGAACUUGUGCUGACUCAGCAGGACUGCACGUCUGUUAUGAAAGUUUGCUCGAAGAUGGGGAGAUUCGAGAUCGUGGAAGCACUGUACGAUUGGUUCAAAAACAGGUCCGGGAAUAAUAUUCCGAGUGUGGUUAUGUACACGACCGUGAUACAUAGUCGGUGUUUGGAGAGUAAAUAUAGGGACGCAAUGGCUGUUGUUUGGGAAAUGGAGGAUUCGAAUUGCGUGCUUGAUCUUCCGGCGUAUCGUGUCCUGAUAAAGCUUUUUGUUGGUUUGAACGAUGUGUCGAGGGCAGCUAGGUAUUUUUCUAAACUCAAGGAAUCCGGUUUUAGGCCGAGUUAUGGUAUUUAUAGGGAUAUGAUUGGAGUUUAUACGGAGUCUGGGAGAUUAGCCAAGUGUAAGGAAAUUCGCCACGAGGCUGAGAUGGCUGGAUUCAAGUUAGAGAUGUGAUGUGGUAUGAUUGUACGAAAAUCGAAACACAUAGAAAUAUGGGAUCGAAGAUGGGGUUUUGUUUUUAAGUUAUCUUUCAUGGUGUUGUUAACGUUUAUUUAUCAGUCUGUAAAUCGAUCUAAAGAGUGAUGUUUGUUACUUUUCAACAACGUUACGAUCUGCGUCU